ACUGAACCUGAAAAUGGCGGUGGCAGAGGAAAGCACCGGCGGGAUCACGAUGAUCGACGAGACAUACGAAUUCUCGGCACCACGCUUCUUCGAUUUUAUGAAGGCGGAGUCCGAGGAGGACUCGAGAAGAGCAGAACUCUGGUUUGAAACUGCUCUUUCUUACGCACCUUCUCCAUUCAUGCCAAAAAUCAAGACUGGAAGAUCUAUUACCGUUGAGAGCUUGUGCGAUUUUAGCGAAGCUGACAAAAUGCAGAAGACAUCAGGGUCAGCCGAUCUAAAACCUGAUGGUAAUAAUAAUUUGGAUGUCAACAUUCAACCUCAAUGCACGAGUGCCAAAAUAAAGGAAGAAGUACUUUCCAGUGAAGUCCAAGAGGAAAGAAGUCGCAAUGAUGAUGAUGAUGGGGAAGACGCAUGCUUAAGUGACGAUAGUCUGCCACAACGCACGGUUACCAAACUGAAGGAAGAAGCACAAUGUAGCGGCGAUGAGGUUUCUGGUGACAGAGGAAGAAGUCAUCCACAUGCUGAUGAAGGGGAGUGUGCAUGCAUUGAAGUUGUUAAAGAAGCAUGUACGCCCAAUCCGUGUAUAGCAUCGCAGAAAAGAGUCAUGACUGCGAUUUCGAAGAAGCAAGAAACAGCUAGAAAGAUAGCCGCUUUAGUUAAGAAUCCAUCAGCAUUGAAGGCAAAAGCUCAGUUGCAGUCAUCAGCUCUGAAGACAAAAUUGCCACCAUCAGCAAUGAAGACAAAAGCUCAGUCCUCAACAAUGAAGAGCGCCGGUGGGAGUUCCCACUUAUCACAAGAAAAUCAAGCUAUUAAGAGGCAGAAAUUGGAAGGAGGAAAAGCAAGACAGAUUUUGCACGUUAAACCUCAAAAUUUGCCGCACAAGUCAAAACUGAGUUCAGCCACUAGCAGUGCUAGUAUCUCUUCAAAUGCUAGCAAAACUAACAGGGAAGAUAGAAAGGUUUAUGUUCGUGAAAUGCCAACACCAGCGUCAGUACCAUUUAUAUCAAUGGCAGAAAUGAUGAGAAAAUUCCAUUCAAGCACCAGAGACUUGUCUUUGCCAAAUGCCAACACCGGUCAUUCUCAUGGAGAUGCCGGUUCCAUGAUCCAGCCGAAACCAAAACUCACAUUGACCAGGCCUAAAGAACCGGAAUUUGAGACUGCUCAACGAGCCCGGUCGGUCAAAGUGAAGAGCACCGCCGAGCUCGAGGAAGAGAUGAUGGCUAAAAUGCCAAAAUUCAAGGCUCGACCCCUAAAUAAGAAGAUUUUGCAAGCUCCUACUGUGCGUAUUGUAUCAAGAAGUACACCCCAACCACCAGAGUUCAAGGAAUUUCAUCUAGAAACAGCAGCUAGGGCCAUUCAGCAUGCAGAUUCAGCCUCAGUGGCUUCAGGAAAAUCGUCACAUCAGGAACCAUGGAAGCCUCAUCUCACGGAGCCUAAAACGCCACUGCUCCAAACAUCACUAAGGGCCCGCCCACCUAAGGUGAAAAGUUCACUGGAAUUAGAGCAGGAGGAGCUUGAAAAGAUUCCUAAAUUUAAAGCCAGGCCCCUAAAUAAGAAGAUUUUUGAGAGUAAAGGAGAUAUUGGAAUUUUUUGCCAUACCAAGAAACUUGUCACUCAACCACGAGAAUUUCAUUUUGCAACAAAUGAAAGGAUUCCUCCACCUUCUGUUGUAGUAGAUCUAUUUGACAAGUUAUCUUUGAAUUCUGAACCUGCACAUAAAAACCCAAUUCCAACAAAUACAAUCCCAAAUCCAUUUCAUCUCUACACGGAGGAAAGAGGUGCUGAGAAAGAGAAGAGACUUCUCAUGGAACUUCAAAUGAAACAGUUGGAAGAGGAAAGAGCCAGAGUUCGCAAGGCGAAUCCGUACCCUUACACUACUGACUAUCCUGUGAUCCCACCAAAACCGGAACCCAAGCCAUGUACCAAAGCAGAGCCAUUCCAACUAGAGAGUCUGGUAAGACAUGAGGAAGAGAUGGAGAGGGAAAUGGAAGAAAGGCUUAGAAAAGAGAGAGAAGAGGCCGAAAUGAGAAUUUUCAGAGCGCAGCCAAUCUUACAAGAGGACCCUAUCCCAGUUCCUGAGAAGGUUCGCAAACCCCUUACACAAGUUCAGGAGUUCAGCCUGCAUGUGAAUGAGCGAGCAGUGGAUAGAGCAGAAUUUGAUCAAAGGAUCAAGGAGAAGGAAAUGAUGUACAAGCGGUAUAGGGAGGAGAGUGAGACUGCAAGAAUGAUUGAGGAAGAGAAGGCGUUAAAACAGUUGAGACGGACAAUGGUUCCCCAUGCUAGACCAGUUCCUAAUUUUGAGCAUCCAUUUAUUCCCCAAAAGUCGGUUAAAGAGGCAACGAAGGCAAAGUCACCAAACUUGCGUGUAAUACACAGAAAAGAGAGACGAAAGAUUUUAAAUGGGACAGUGGCUUCUAGUCCUGCUGCCAGAUUAAGAUGAUUUAUUAGGGUUGCGAGCGUUCAAGAACUCCUGAACCCAUCUGACACACUUCUUGUGUACAUUUGUCCGGAAAGAAUCAUGUAAAAUGUCAAUUAAAUCAAUAUCAAUUCUUUUGUAAUGAU